UUGAGGUGUAUCAUCAUUCUCGUGGUCGUUGCUCUGUUGAUGUGUUUGACUUUUCACACUAUUGCAAUAAAACUUGACUUUUAGUUGACCAAGCACUCAUCUUGAUAUACCUAUUCUUUAUGUAUCUUUUGUUUUAGCUACUUUAAUAACUUUUGUACAAUCAUGAAUAUUGGCAACAAUUUCAAGAAAUGGAAAACACGUCUUUUACGAGAGCAUCUAUAUAAAUGAUUAUUCACUUGAUUAUGGUUUCAUCUCUCUCUCUCUCUCUCUCUCUCUCUCUCUCUCUCUCUCUCUCUCUCUGACCUAAAGUUUGGAAUGACGAAUUACAGAACAUUAAUUUUUGUGGUACUAAGUCUGAUAAUAUUUCUCAACGGGCAGAGCAUUUUUGUUGCACGAGCCGUAGCUGAGAGCAAGGUUCAUAUAGUAUAUUUGGGUGAGAAGCAACAUGAUGAUCCUGAGUUUGUCACAGAAUCUCACCAUCAGAUGUUGUGUUCACUUCUUGGAAGUAAAGAGGAUGCCCAUGGUUCAAUGGUAUACAGUUACCGACAUGGAUUCUCAGGUUUUGCAGCCAAGCUUACCAAGUCCCAAGCCAAGAAAAUAGCAAAUUUACCUGAAGUUGUUCAUGUCAUACCGGAUAGUUUCUACAAGCUGAAAACAACUCGGACUUGGGACUACUUAGGACUUUCUGCCUCCAGUCCAAAGAAUCAUCUAAAUGAAACUAAUAUGGGUGAACAAAUUAUCAUCGGCAUUAUUGACACAGGAGUAUGGCCAGAAUCUGAAGUAUUUAACGACGAUGGGAUUGGAUCGGUGCCGAGCCACUGGAAAGGAGGCUGUCAAUCAGGAGAGAUGUUCAACUCCUCCCACUGCAAUAAAAAGCUCAUAGGAGCUAAGUAUUUCAUCAAUGGCUUCCUAGAGGAGAACAAAAGCUUCAACUCUAAAGAAUCACUUGAUUUCAUUUCCCCUAGAGACCUCAAUGGUCAUGGCACGCAUGUGGCCACCAUCGCGGCAGGUUAUUACGUGCAGGACAUUAGCUACAAGGGCCUAGCUGGAGGGGUUGUGAGAGGUGGGGCACCACGUGCUCGUAUAGCAAUGUACAAGGGUUGUUGGUAUCUGGAUGAUUUAGACAUAACAACUUGUUCAUCUGCUGACAUUUUGAAAGCUAUGGACGAGGCAAUUCAUGACGGUGUUGAUGUUUUGUCACUCUCUCUAGGCUCUGUGGUUCCUCUGCAUGGAGAAAUUGAUAUCCGCGAUGGGAUAUCCACCGGAGCCUUCCAUGCCGUCUUAAAGGGUAUUACCGUUGUUUGUGCAGGUGGUAACUCUGGCCCCGAGGCUCAAACAGUGACAAACACGGCGCCUUGGAUUGUCACUGUGGCUGCAACUACUCUAGACCGGUCCUUUCCCACUCCUAUCACACUUGGGAACAAUAAAGUGAUACUGGGUCAAGCAAUGUACACAGGUCCAGAACUUGGCUUCACUAGCUUGGUUUACCCAGAGGAUCCAGGGAACAGCAACGAAACCUUUAGUGGCACUUGUGAGGAUCUUUCCUUGAAUUCUAAUGAUACAAUGGUGGGGAAAGUGGUCUUAUGUUUCACAACAUCAUCUUCUAGUGGUUCCGUAUCAAGUGCUGCAGGUUCUGUGAAGAAAGCUGGUGGUCUAGGUGUAAUCAUAGCAAGACAUCCAGGCUCCGAUCUCGAACCAUGUUUAGAUGAUUUCCCAUGCGUUUCUGUUGACUAUGAGCUUGGGACAAAUAUACUUCUCUACAUACGUUCCACAGGAUCUCCUGUUUUGAAGAUACAACCAUCUACAACCCUUGUAGGACAGCCCGUUGGUACAAAGGUGGCAACUUUCUCGUCAAGAGGACCUAAUUCAAUUGCCCUGCUAUUCUCAAAGUAUCCGGAUAUAGCAGCACCAGGAGCGAGCAUAUUGGCCGCUACAACCACCAAUACCACCUUAAACGACGGAGGAUUCAUUAUGCUGUCAGGAACAUCAAUGGCAGCUCCUGUUAUUUCAGGAGUUGUUGCACUGCUUAAAGCUCUCCAUCCUGAUUGGUCUCCUGCUGCCAUUAGAUCAGCCAUUGUCACUACAGCUUGGAGAACAGAUCCAUUUGGAGAGCAGAUUGAUGCAGAAGGGUCGUCUCGGAAGCUAGCCGAUCCCUUUGACUAUGGUGGAGGGCUUGUGAAUCCAGAGAAAGCUGUAAAACCAGGUCUUGUAUAUGAUUUGGGCCUCCAAGACUAUGUUCUCUACAUGUGCGCUGUUGGUUAUAACGACUCGUCAAUCUCUCAGCUUGUCGGUGAAAGAACAACCUGUUCAAAUCCCAGACCAUCUGUUCUUGAUUUGAACUUACCUUCCAUUACAAUUCCAGACCUCAAAGAAGAAGUCACUCUCACAAGAACCGUCACUAAUGUUGGACCGCUCAACUCGGUCUAUAAAGUAAAGGUCGAGCCACCAUUGGGAAUUCAAGUGACCGUGGUACCAAAGAAGUUAGUAUUCAACUCUAAAACUAAAACGCUCUCUUAUCAAGUCAGAGUCUCGACCAGACACAAAAUCAACACUGGUUUUUAUUUUGGAAGUUUGACGUGGAGUGACUCUGUGCAUAAUGUUAUAAUUCCUUUGUCCGUGAGAACGCAAAUUCUGCAGAAUUACUAUGAUGAGAAUUGAACAAAAAAAGAAAAACUGUGAACUUGUAUUUAUACUGUAACCCUAUAUAUUUACAUUGUGGAUCAAAGAUCACUUCCUUUUCAAAGGAACCAACCAAUGCAGCAGCUAAAAUAGACCAAACAAGAAACCAGAUUCAUGUCAAAAUUUUAGCAUCAACCAUAGGGGGAAAAUGGCGUAUUUCAACCCAAAUAAUUUGAUCCUGUCAGAUACCACCCAAAUAAUUACUAAGUGCUAAUUACGACUAGGCCUGAUACUUUUAUCCGAGAUUCAAUCCGGAUCUGCUCUGAAAAUCCGGAUAUCCGGAGGGGUCGAAUCUGGAUAUCCGGAGAGGUCGA